GCGACCAGUUUAUUUACCCCGUGACUAUUUUGUUACUAACUUGACUUAGCGACCGGCAUAGUAACGGUGAAUUUAGGUGAUCGAAAAAGCCUUUUCCCUAGUGUGUGUUCUACAACGGAGGAAAUAUGAGUCAAAGACAAGUUUUGCAAGUGUUUGAGCAGUAUCAGAAGGCUAGAACUGGGUUUGUACAGACCGUAGCAGAGCUAGCCAGCAGGCCCCAGAACAUUGAGACUCUUCAGAAUGCUGGAGUUAUGUCCCUUCUUCGACCGCUCCUUCUGGACAUUGUGCCCACAAUCCAGCAGACAGCUGCCCUCGCCCUCGGCAGACUGGCCAACUACAAUGAUGACCUGGCAGAAGCUGUUGUCAAAGGAGACAUCCUUCCUCAGCUUGUUUAUUCCUUGGCUGAACAAAAUAGAUUCUACAAGAAGGCAGCAGCUUUCGUCCUGAGGGCAGUGGCUAAACACUCCCCACAGCUGGCCCAGUCGGUGGUGGACUGUGGGGCUCUGGAUGCCCUAGUGAUUUGUCUGGAGGAGUUUGAUCCCGGGGUCAAGGAAUCGGCUGCCUGGGCGCUGGGAUACAUUGCCCGGCAUAAUGCUGAGCUGGCCCAGGCUGUUGUAGAUGCAGGAGCAGUCCCCCUCCUUGUUCUCUGUAUACAGGAGCCAGAACUGUCCCUGAAGAGGAUUGCUGCCUCGGCCCUCAGUGACAUCUGUAAGCACUCCCCAGAGUUGGCCCAGACUGUGGUGGAUGCUGGCGCAAUAGCCCACCUGGCUCAGAUGAUCCUUAAUCCUGAUGCUAAACUCAAGCGCCAAGUUUUCUCGGCCCUGAGUCAGAUUUCCAAACACUCUGUUGACCUGGCUGAGAUGGUUGUUGAGGCAGAAAUAUUCCCCGCCGUACUGACGUGUCUGAAGGACCCUGAUGAGUACGUCAAAAAGAAUGUCGCCACAUUGAUCAGAGAAAUCGCCAAACACACACCAGAGUUAGCCCAGCUGAUCGUGAAUGCAGGAGGUGUAGCAGCUGUGGUGGAUUAUGUCGGAGAAUCCAAGGGAAAUAUCCGUCUCCCAGGAAUCAUGAUGUUAGGAUACGUAGCAGCACACUCCGAAAACCUCGCCAUGGCAGUCAUUGUGUCAAAGGGUGUGGUGCAGCUUGCCAUUGCUCUAUCUGAGGAACCAGAGGAUCACAUCCAGGCUGCCGCAGCUUGGGCGUUAGGACAGAUUGGUCGCCACACUCCCGAACAUGCAAAGGCUGUCGCGGUGGCUAAUGUAUUACCUAAGCUCCUUCAGUGUUACCUCAGAGCAGAUGCCUCAGAAGAUCUUCAGACAAAGAGCAAGAAAGCCCUAAAGAACAUCCUACAGAAAUGUGUCCAUCUACCAGCCCUCGAACCUCUCCUCCACGACGCACCUCCAAACAUCCUCAAACACGUUGUCGGACAGUUCAGCAAAGUUCUACCCCACGACUCCAAAGCCAGGCGCUUAUUUGUCACAAGUGCAGGUCUCAAAAAGAUACAGGAAAUCAAGGCCGAACCUGGCUCUGCACUGGCUGAAUACAUCAACACAAUCAACAACUGCUACCCAGAGGAAAUUGUCAAAUACUACUCUCCAGGAUAUUCCGACACUCUGCUAGAGCGAGUGGAACAGUACCAACCCAGCAAGUAAAGUAUAGGACCACUAUCUUAAUAAAAUCAUCAAGUGCAAAAUGGACACAAAUAACACAAGUGCAAAUAGGACGCUGAAAAAAUUUAUGUGACCAAAUAAAUCGGACAACAAGAAGAUGGAAGAAUUUCUUUUUUUUCCCUGUUUUUCUUUUGUUUGUUAGAGAAGUUAACUUAAAAAAAAUUAUUAUAGCAUUUACAUGUUAAAUUAUAUGGGGGUGCUGUUGAUUCAUACAUGUCAUUUAGAUCUGGUGAUAUUUAUUUACUCAAAUAUUUGAAGAAAACUGAAUUAGAAUAAAUAUUACUGUUUUUAAUUAAACUAAACAUUUAGAGUUAAAAAAUAAAAAAAUUCAUGAAAGUUUGUUUUAUUUAUAUUAUUUACAAAAACCAUCAUUUCAGAGCUUUUAUAUUGUACAUUUAUAUUAUGAUUAUUUAUAAAUAUGUUUGAUUUCUCUGAAAAGAAUAUGAUAAGAUAAUUGAAAUUAUAAUCAAUGUUAUUGCUAUUACUGAUUACAUAUAAUUAUACAAUAAAUUUUUCUUAAUCUUUAA